GUUCAGUAUGAUUUUAUAACACCGAAAACACCUGUUGGCUGUUAUGUGUGAUGAAACAGUCUCAAGAUGUCUGUGAACAGUGAAGAGAAUGCAUUCGCCCCCGGCUCUGACUCGUUUUGGGAGCCCCACAAUUACAAACGGACGUGCAAACGGAUCGAAGAUGGUCAUAAACUCUGUGAUGACAUGAUGAAGCUUAUCGUCGAACGUGGCGAAAUCGAGAAAAGCUAUGCCAAGAGUCUCAAAGCAUGGAGUAAAAAAUGGAAUGAACUUAUUGAAAAAGGCCCAGAAUACGGCACUGCCGAGGCUGCGUGGAAGAGUGUUUUGGUGGAGGCCGACCAGCGCUGCGAGCUGCACCUCAAGGUUCGCGACAACCUGAUGAACGACGUGCACACUAAGGUCAAACAGUGGCAAAAGGACAACUUUCACAAGACGAUGAUACACUUCAAGGAAAAGAAGGAGUUUGAUGACGCAUUCCGAAAAGCACAAAAGCCCUGGGCGAAACUCCUUGUCAAGGUGAACAAAGCAAAGGCUGAGUACCACGCCGCCUGCAAGGCAGAGAGGACCGCCCAGAAUCAGAAACAGAACGCCAGUAGCGACCCGAGCCUCUCUGGAGACGCGUUGAAGAAGCUAGCUGACAGGGUGCAGAAGGCCGGAGAGGAGGUGGCCAAAACUAAGGAACGCUACGACAACGCCCUCAAAGACAUCUCCGACCAGAACAGCAAGUACAUCGAGGACAUGACGUACGUCUUCAACAAGUGUCAGGAGCGCGAGGGAGAGCGGCUCACGUUCUUCAAGGAGACCCUGUUCGGCGUACAUAAGUGUCUCAACAUCGCCAGUGAUCCCAUGUUGGCCCAGAUCUACCGCGAGUUCGAGCACACAAUCGCCAACGCCGACAAGGAGAAGGACCUGCGCUGGUGGAGCAACAACCACGGCGUCAACAUGCCCAUGAACUGGCCGGCAUUCGAGGACUAUUCGGAGGAGUUCCGCGACAUUGCGGGCCGCAGCCGGCGCGCCGGUCGCCCUGCGGACGCUGACGGUACCAUCACUCUCAUCAACCAGCGACUGGUCACCGACGACCUGCCCGAGUAUGACGCCGACGCCAAGCCGGGCUCGCGGAAACGGACGCCAGCCGCGCAGCCGGGAGGGGCGGUGGCCGGCCACUCGUCGGGGCAGCAGUCCAACAACGUGUCACCGAACCGCAGCUCACAGCACAGUAACGGCCACGGGUACGAGGACGGCGGCCACGAGGAGUGGGACGAGUACACCGUGGAGCUGGUGGAUAACGGCGAGCCGGGUGUGCCGGUGCGGGCGCUCUACGACUACGACGGCGUGGAGGCAGACGAGCUCUCCUUCAAGGCCGGCGAGGCCUUCGAGAAGCUGGAGGACGAGGACGAGCAGGGCUGGUGCAAGGGUCGUAAGGACGGCAAGGUGGGCCUCUACCCGGCCAACUACGUACAGCCCGUGUAAGGGUGCUGCCGAGCUGAACAUGCUACCCACGCCAUGGUAGAGUGUGGGGUCUGUAGGCCAACUACGAACAGCCCGCGUAAGGGCGUGACGGCGGGAUGUCGGUCCAGCGCCGCGGCGAGCGGCCGGGCGGACCCAGACGUAGCGGCGCCCGGCGCCCACACACACGGCCCGGACGGCACGCUGUGUACGGUUACAGCGAGUGCCGCUCUAGCCGGAGGUCACAGCGCCGGGCCGGCGCACUGGGACGCGAUUCCCGGCCCGGUGCAGAUUCUGGCGGCCACAUGGUGGCUGGACGACUGACGGCGCCAGCAGCGGCGUCCGCAGCCAAUGGCGGCCGCUGCAUCUGUUAUACAGAAUCCCAUUGCAUCUGAUCUUUGGAUACUAACGAUGAUCUGUGUGAGAGCGUACGCUAUGCAACUGUGACCGUAGGUUUUGAGCAUUUUGUUAGCACAAGUGUCGUGUACGUCGCGCUGUUGUAGAGCUCUAAGCGGUAAAUGGGCGGACAGCGGGAAUAUGGUGCUCUCGUUGGUGUUGCUCAUUCUGUGUUUGUGCGCGGGCCCCGUCUGUUGGGUGCCGGGUAAGGUGUGCCAUGCCGACGCGCGGCGAGUCGUGGUGAUAUUCCGGAUUGGAGGGGCUGUCCUCGAGCCGCCGGCCCCAUGUCAAGUGACUGUUGUGUGGCCUGGUUUGUUGCGCAGUAGGCUCGAGUCGCUGCCAGCCGCUGCUUCUGCUGUUGUUUGAGCGAGCAGAGCGCGCGGCACGGUCGCGGCGGCGCCUCUCUCAGAGCUAGAGCGAUAUAAUGCAGUGAGAGUGAGUCCGACGCCAGAGUCGCACAAGGCUGCUGCGGAAGGACGGUAGGAGCCAGAGGCCAGAGUAUUUCAUGUAAAUAUUAUGCCAAUACAGCAAAUAAUAUAACAGUUGUCGCGAAACA